AAAAUUUCUCUCUGAUACCCUGUGAGGUCCUCGUCACCCAUUUCAUGGUAAGCCCAUGGGGCAACUUUAUGUGACUGGUUUCUGCGAAUGAUGUCAGCAGCAGAUGGGUGUCACAAGUCAUGGUGAAUAACAACAAGAGCACGUUUGAAUGAGCAUUAGUCUCGUCUCUACUAAUUUAAGUUCCACUCAUUUUUACUUAAGUGUGCAAAAAUAAUAGAAAACAGCCUCCUAGAGUGCAUUACCAAAACCUCCACUUACUUCCAGGCCAUGCAAUCAAGCACCUUUCAUGACCUCCAUGACACAGUGGUUAAAGUGGGUAUCCCAGACUUCCAUACUUGCUCAUCAUUGGAAAAGAGCCCCUGACCACAAAAAGCACCAACAGCUCCGCCCUGUGCUAUCCCAGAGAUUCCACCUGGGGUGGCGUAUGUAGAAUAUGUGCAUAGAAUUAUGCAUUGUGAUUUAUAGGAAACACAGAGUGUCAGAAACCACAAAUUCACACCUUAGCCCAUCUAGUGCUGCCUGCUCAUGCACACUCACACUACACAGAAAACUAUAAAUAUCGUCUCAUUCAGACGGCUAGGAGCAUUCAGACUUUGACAGAGGUGCUGUGAGCACAGAGGCGACUUCAGUCAAAGAGAACCAACAGGUGACACGAAAAGACAACUUUGUGUCCGGCUCUUGGGAAUAUCUGUGGGAAUUUUGUGACAGGCUGAAACUUUCAUAAGAAACGAAUGAUGACUCUGUUCUGGAGAAUAUGUAUUGUUUUUUUUGGAAUGAUGGCGUACUCUGAGGCCUUCCUCCCGGAGAACAUCAAGGAGUCUAUUGACCAUCUGAAUAAUCACUAUGUAAGAAAAAAUCCCAACCCUGCCAAAUUGUAUGAUGGACAUUCCCUCUUUCUAGACAAGCUGAAGGAUAAUAAAAAGUUUGAGGAGAGUGAACAGAAGCUCCUGAUGACUAUUACUCUUGAUGCAUACAACAGAAUUUUCACCUGGAUGGAGAAUGAGGCUCAGGAUGAAAAGGUGAAGCAUGACUUGCAUGAAGUGAAAGAACAAAUGAACAAGCUGACAGAACACUACUUCUCCAGCAAACAUGCUGACCUCAAGAAAUAUGUCACUGAGCUGCUGGCUAUUAAGGAAAAUGACCCACUGACCCAGAGCAAAGCAAUAUUUGAGCUGAAGUCCGUCUACAAUAAGGCAGCAAACCUGGGGACCCACUCAGCGGAUAACCACCGGAGACGACGUCAAGCUAAAGGCUCCAAAAAGCAAAAAAAUUAAUUUGUUGAGGAUGUUACCUAGGAGGUGCUUUAAGGUGUAGAUUUAUUUAUUCUAAUACAGUACCUCAUAUUUUACAUUUUAGUGAUACUGACAUAAUUUAUUAACCUUAUUAAAUUCUUAAUUUUAUUAAUUGUAUUAAUUUAUUUAAUUUGCUAUUUAUUUUGCCUGUUCUUGUCUUAUUUGGGUUUAUUAAUUGGUUAUUACUUGCUAACGCAAGUUUUGUAAGGUCUAUGACUAAAUAAAAUGAAAAUAUUUAUUACAAUAAGUGGUUUGAAUUCAUUUCUGAAAAAGUAUAGCACAAACAUCAUUGUGAGAUGACUCAAUGACUAUAGUGAAACUAACAGAAAAGGGCUGUAAUUACAUCGCCAUGCAUAAGGGGCCAAGGGUAACUCUUGACAUAAUGCUACCACCAUCGCGCUUCACUUGGGGAUGGGAUUCUCAGGGAGAUGAGCAGUGUUGGGUUUCUGCCAAAUGUAGACCUUUGUGGCAAGGGCAAAAAGUACAGUUUUGGUGUCAUCAAACCGGCGAAUGGUAACCUUUCAGUUACCUGCGGCCUUUUCGGUUGCUUCGUUGACUAGUUUCCCGGUCCUGACUUGCCAUGACGUGGAUGCCCUUUUUUAGGCAGAGGUGUGUUUGCGUCAUAUUCUUUCCAUGUUUUAAUAAUGAAUUUAAUAGUACUCCACUGGAUGUUCAAAGUUUGUAAGAGCUUCUCAUAACUAAACCCUGACUAAAACUUUGUCCACGCUGAUACAAAACUUUGUACAGAACUUGUAUAGCUGCAACUUGUAUUGUAGAGCUUGGAGAGCACUUUGUUUUUCAUGAUGCAGUUUAAGCAUGUUCUCUAACAAACUCUGGGGUUUUCCAACGACAGCUUUAUUCAUAUUAACAUCUUGUGACACUUUAGUAGCGCUUUAAUUAGUUGAACUCCAAAUAAUUAUAACUGAUUAUAACUGAUUUCACCAGAACUAAUUUAGGAGUUUUGCACCAACAAGGGUGAAUGUUUAUGCAAUCAAAACUGUUUUUUCCAUGCAUUUUUUAAAUAAUUUUGCUAACUGUAUUGAUUUUUGCCCCUAUUUUGUAAUAUUGUUUGUUUUGAUUCAUGACAUAUAAACCCAAUUAAGUCAAUUCAGUGUGUGAAAAAGUGAGAGAAUAUAGGUUUGGAGGCUCCAAUAGGUUUUGAACGUUUAAAUGGGUCCCAAUUUAUUCUGACAAGUUUUAAAAUUGAAAGACAAUGUUUAAUAUUACAAUUUGAUUUGAUACCAAAGGUAUUUGUCACGUUAGCGUAUUGUCCUAUUUGAUCUUCACCUUUAUACCUUCUGUAAAUUCAAAUGGUCACAGUUAUGGGCAGCAUUUGGGA